AUGCUGUCAUCUACUUGAGAAAACUGAUAAUAAUUAGCAACUGCUAUCUGAUAGUCAUUUUGACCCAUCCCUCUCUCUUUUUGUCGGGUGUUUAGGCCUAAAGAUGCAGUGGACCCCAGAGCAUGCGCAGUGGGCCGAGCAGCACUUUGAUAUCUCCUCCACCACCCGCUCCCCUGCACACAAAGUAGAGGCCUACCGGGGGCACCUGCAGCGCACCUACCAGUAUGCUUGGGCAAACGACGACAUCUCUGCACUCACCGCCUCCAACCUGCUGAAGAAAUACGCAGAGAAGUACUCUGGGAUUUUAGAGAGUCCGAGUGAAAGAGCGCUGCUCUGCUCGUAUUCCGAUGGCACUCCUGGACUCCUCAACGGACGUAAGUCAGAGAGUGAGUCCUGGCAGGAGGGGAUUUACUCAAUGAACUGCGGUCCAGAUGUUAUAUCUGUGAACAAAGCUGGAAUGACAGCUGCACUUCCCCCUACAGACGUGUCGGCCAGCAUAGGUAGCACCCCAGGGGUGGCCAGCAGCCUGAACGAGCCCAGCUAUUCCAGAAGUAACUGUGGGAGUCACACGACCACCAGUCUACACUCGGGUCUGUCCUCUCAGGAAUACGCUACAGGCUACAAUGGCUCCUACCUGCACUCUAGUUACAGCGGGCAGACCAACCCAGGCCUCCCCUCUCAACACCCUUCUCCUAUGCACAGUGCUGGUCUCAUACAACCCCCUCUUCCACCACCUCCCACUACUCUAGUGCCCAGCUACAACGUGGGGUCUCCCAACAUCUCCAACUACAAUUAUCCUACGGCGGGGUAUCCCUCACAGACAGUUGUUGCCCCUGGCUAUAGCCCUGGGGGGGGCCCACCGCCCUCUUCCUAUCUGCCAUCCAGCAUUGCAGCUCCCACACCGCUACCCCCCUCUACACUCUCUGGCUAUACCUACCAGUCCCAUAACCAUGCACCAAUUGCACCAACACCUUUGAAUGGCAGCUCAGCCAACUCAUUGAAAAGAAAAGCUUUCUACAUGACGGGGCAUGGAGAUAUGGACUCCAGCUAUAGUAAUUUCAACUACAAUCAACAGCGCUCCUCACAAAGCCCUAUGUACAGAAUACCAGACAACAGCAUCUCAGACUCAAGCAGAGGGAAUGGAUUUGACAGGAAUGCUGAUGUGUCAUCUUUAGCGUUUAAGCCUACAAAGCAGGCAAUAUCCUCAGAUCAGCAAAGAAAAUUUAGCAGUCAGUCUAGCAGAGCACUUACCCCUCCCUCCUAUGGAUCAACCAAAAGCUCUGUGGGAAGCCUGAGAUCAGGUGAGUCCUUUGGAAAAUUUGGAUCCCCUAUCACGGGUGAGCAAAGUGAAGAGCAACUCUCCCAUUCCAUUGCAGGGUCGGACAUUGGCAGAGCUACCUCAUCCAGCCACGUUGCAGAGGAGCAGCUGAAGAACAGCGAUGCCAGCGUGGUGGAGUUGGUCACCACAGAGAUCCUUCAGCCCGGUCCCCCAGUGGACUGGAGUGACAUAGCUGGUCUGGAGCUGGCCAAAGCAGCCAUCAAAGAAGAGAUUCUGUGGCCCAUUUUGAGGCCAGACAUGUUCAGUGGACUUGCCACAUUACCUCGGAGCCUCCUUCUCUUCGGACCUCAGGGAACAGGCAGAACACUGCUGGGCCGCUGCAUGGCCAGCCAGCUGGGGGCAGCCUUCCUGCAGCUGAGUGGCUCAGCCCUGGUGACCAAGUGGCUGGGGGAGGGCGAGAAGAUCGUCCAGGCCUCCUUCCUGUUGGCCCGGUGUCGCCAGCCCUCAGUUGUGUUCAUCAGUGAGGUGGACAUGCUUCUAUCGGCCCAUCUCAGCGAGGAGAGUCCGGUGAACGUGAUCCAGAGCGAGCUCCUCAUGCAGCUGGACAGUGUGCUGACCACAGCCGAGGACCAUGUCCUAGUGGUCUGCUCCACCAGUAAGCCUGAGGAGAUCCAAGAUUCCCUGAGGAGGUACUUCACCAAACGGCUCCUCAUCCCCCUACCUGACAGCACAGCUCGGCGCCAGAUAAUUAGCCAACUACUCUCACAGCACAACUAUUGCCUCAGUGACAAAGAGGUGUCACUGCUGGUCGAGCGGAUGGAAGGCUUUUCAGGACUGGACGUGGCCCAGCUGUGCCAGGAGGCAGUGGUAGGACAGCUCCAUGGCAUCCCAGCUUCUGACCUCUCAGCCAUCCAUCCCAGCCAGAUGAGACCAGUCUCCUACCAAGACUUUGAAAAUGGAUUUAGCAAAUUCCAGCCCAGUAUAUCACAAAAAGAACUGGAUACAUACACCGAAUGGAAUAAAAUGUUUGGUUGUAGUCAAUGAAGCUGAGGUAUUAGAACAUGUGGGUAGGAAACCCCUUUAGAGGUUUACCAUUUAGAAUUCUCUCCUCAGUAAACUAGGCAAGGGGAAAUGACAGAUAGUGGUGACCUUAACACCUGCAGUUCAGUAAAGGAGGGAAGCAAAGGCACGCUUUAGACAACAGCUGGCAAUCUGCACACAACACAGAGAAACUUUACUUUGACACUUGAAACCACUGAGGCCAAGCAUCACCUCCCAAGGUACAAGUGGGUAUAUUUUUCAUCACACUUUAGUCAUUGAGCAGACACUCUUGUCCAGUGACAUACAUUUUUGUACUGGUCCCCCAUGGGAUUUGAACCCACAACCCUGGUGUUGCAAAUGCCAUGCUUUACCAACUGAGCCACACGGGACCUAGAGACUAUAGGGUAGAGUGUAACAGAAUGGAACCUCUGUGUGUGUAUAUAUCAUUCUGCUGUUCUGGAGAUUUAGUUUCUAUCAAGUGCCUGAAGUGGUGCUCUUUUAUUUUGUGUUAUUAUUUUCUUCGCCUCACAAUCUACUUUGGUGGCAUGUGCUAAUAUAAAAAGCUUUAAUAUGAGACAAAAACAUUUUUUUUUAAAGCUUUUUUCCAUUGAAACACUAUUCCUCAACUGUGUCUGCUUUGCGGCCUCUGAUCAGGAGAAAGUGUGUGGUAUUGUUAAUCUGAACUCUAAUUUAUAGACAUCAUUUCUUUUGAUGUUCUCUUUUUUGAAAACUCAGGAAAGUGAUUGUGAUAUGUGCAGUACCUCUAAAGAUUUAGUCAAAGCACGACAUACUGCUAAGAGCAUUUGGCUUGCUUUUGAAUUUACAUUAUCUAAAAGGAGGGUUAAGGUACCUCAAUAGGCUAAAAAUUGACAAGCGUAUGACUUUGAAUGUACCAGAGGAAUUCUGGAGUAUUUGGAAGACAAAAGGAGGAGUAUUGUGCUUUUCUUUGCAAUUUUCUAAGCGAAGAAUCCCAUUGUGAAUAUACUGUAGUUGUAUUUGAUAUGUGGCAAGGAUGAAGGAAUAAUGUUUCUUAAAUUCUAUCAACUAUAACACAUUCGACUGGCCUUGAUCCAGAGGACAUGAACACAUUUGAGUUUUUUUGUUAAACUUUGUCUGUAGGAGAAAGCAUAACAUAUGUAUUCGUCGAACAUUAUCAGCAGCUUAAUUUUGUAUCUCAUCUGCAGAUAAAACUGCCAGGCCUCUUGUGGCAGAAUAAUGGCAAGAUACAUUUCCUGAAGACAAGCAUCAUGGGGUUGAAACAGACAGCUUCCCAAGGUAUUUAAUUCCAUUCCGCUGCUGUUUUAUCAUGAAUAAAACCUAAGAAUUAUGUAUGCCAUAAGUUAUUUUUCUACCUCAGUUGAUUAGUUUUCCCUGAAAGCAAAAUCUAAGGGAAUGGAUAGAUGACAGAGCCUAUUUCGCUUAUUAUACUAUGAAGCCUGUUGAGGGAACAAAAAAAGCUGCCUAUCUGUCAACAAAAUCAGCUUGAGUUAGUGUUACACAUUCAGUGUACUCCCCAUUCAUAGACACCUAUGUUAUGGAGUCUUACUUUCUCAGAGCACGUUGGUCUUGAAAAAAGGGGUCUGUGCCCAUUAGCCCUGUCUUUGAGCCAUUCUUCAAGUGUCAUUUCUUACAGCUAGGCUUUUAAAAAAUUAUUAUUAACUAUCAGUGUUUAGUAAUAUGCCAGAACAGAGGCAAUGGCGACACAGAGGUCUGACAACUGUGUGAAAGAGCCUUGAAUCGAAUGUAUUUUUUUGGUUUUUUUGUUCACUAAAGCAGUAUGAAAACUGUUGCAAGGCACUAGUACAGUGGAAGCGAUGUCACCAGAUACAGUACAGCUGAACGUGUCACUAGUACAGUGGAAGGGAUGUCAUCAGAUACAGUACUGCUGAACAUGUCACUAGUACAGUGGAAGGGAUGUCAUCAGAUACAGUACAGCUGAACGUGUCACUAGUACAGUGGAAGGGAUGUCAUCAGAUACAGUACUGCUGAAGGUGUCAGUAGUACAGUGGAAGGGAUGUCAUCAGAUACAGUACUGCUGAACAUGUCACUAGUACAGUGGAAGGGAUGUCAUCAGAUACAGUACAGCUGAACGUGUCACUAGUACAGUGGAAGGGAUGUCAUCAGAUACAGUACUGCUGAAGGUGUCACUAGUACAGUGGAAGGGAUGUCAUCAGAUACAGUACCGCUGAACGUGUCACUAGUACAGUGGAAGGGAUGUCACCAGAUACAGUACCGCUGAACGUGUCACUAGUACAGUGGAAGGGAUGUCAUCAGAUACAGUACAGCUGAACGCGUCACUAGUACAGUGGAAGGGAUGUCACCAGAUACAGUACCGCUGAACGUGUCACUAGUACAGUGGAAGGGAUGUCACCAGAUACAGUACCGCUGAACAUGUCACUAGUACAGUGGAAGGGAUGUCAUCAGAUACAGUACCGCUGAACGUGUCACUAGUACAGUGGAAGGGAUGUCACCAGAUACAGUACCGCUGAACGUGUCACUAGUACAGUGGAAGGGAUGUCAUCAGAUACAGUACAGCUGAACGCGUCACUAGUACAGUGGAAGGGAUGUCACCAGAUACAGUACCGCUGAACGUGUCACUAGUACAGUGGAAGGGAUGUCACCAGAUACAGUACCGCUGAACAUGUCACUAGUACAGUGGAAGGGAUGUCACCAGAUACAGUACCGCUGAACGUGUCACUAGUACAGUGGAAGGGAUGUCAUCAGAUACAGUACCGCUGAACCUGUCAGUAGUACAGUGGAAGGGAUGUCACCAGAUACAGUACCGCUGAACGUGUCACUAGUACAGUGGAAGGGAUGUCACCAGAUACAGUACUGCUGAAGGUGUCAGUAGUACAGUAGAAGGGAUGUCACCAGAUACAGUACCGCUGAACGUGUCAGUAGUACAGUGGAAGGGAUGUCAUCAGAUACAGUACUGCUGAAGGUGUCAGUAGUACAGUAGAAGGGAUGUCACCAGAUACAGUACCGCUGAACGUGUCAGUAGUACAGUGGAAGGGAUGUCACCAGAUACAGUACCGCUGAACGUGUCACUAGUACAGUGGAAGGGAUGUCAUCAGAUACAGUACAGCUGAACGCGUCACUAGUACAGUGGAAGGGAUGUCAUCAGAUACAGUACCGCUGAACGUGUCAGUAGUACAGUGGAAGGGAUGUCACCAGAUACAGUACCGCUGAACGUGUCACUAGUACAGUGGAAGGGAUGUCAUCAGAUACAGUACCGCUGAAAGUGUACCGCUGAACGUGUCACUAAUACAGUGGAAGGGAUGUCAUCAGAUACAGUACUGCUGAACGUGUCACUAGUACAGUGGAAGGGAUGUCAUCAGAUACAGUACCGUUGAACGUGUCACUAGUACAGUGGAAGGGAUGUCACCAGAUACAGUACCGCUGAACGUGUACCGCUGAACGUGUCACUAGUACAGUGGAAGGGAUGUCAUCAGAUACAGUACCGCUGAACGUGUCAGUAGUACAGUGGAAGGGAUGUCAUCAGAUACAGUACCGCUGAACGUGUCACUAGUACAGUGGAAAGGAAGUCAUCAGAUACAGUACCGCUGAACGUGUCACUAGUACAGUGGAAGGGAUGUCAUCAGAUACAGUACCGCUGAAUGUGUCACUAGUACAGUGGAAGGGAUGUCAUCAGAUACAGUACCGCUGAACGUGUCAGUAGUACAGUGGAAGGGAUGUCAUCAGAUACAGUACCGCUGAACGUGUCACUAGUACAGUGGAAGGGAUGUCAUCAGAUACAGUACCGCUGAACGUGUCACUAGUACAGUGGAAGGGAUGUCAUCAGAUACAGUACCGCUGAACGUGUCACUAGUACACUGGAAGGGAUGUCAUCAGAUACAGUACCGCUGAACGUGUCACUAGUACAGUAGAAGGGAUGUCAUCAGAUACAGUACAGCUGAACGUGUCACUAGCACACUGGAAGGGAUGUCAUCAGAUACAGUACCGCUGAACGUGUACCGCUGAACGUGUCACUAGUACAGUGGAAGGGAUGUCAUCAGAUACAGUACUGCUGAACGUGUCAGUAGUACAGUGGAAGGGAUGUCACCAGAUACAGUACCGCUGAACGUGUCACUAGUACAGUGGAAGGGAUGUCACCAGAUACAGUACAGCUGAACGUGUCACUAGUACAGUGGAAGGGAUGUCAUCAGAUACAGUACCGCUGAACGUGUCACUAGUACAGUGGAAGGUAUGUCAUCAGAUACAGUACCGCUGAACGUGUCAGUAGUACAGUGGAAGGGAUGUCAUCAGAUACAGUACCGCUGAACGUGUCAGUAGUACAGUGGAAGGGAUGUCAUCAGAUACAGUACCGCUGAACGUGUACCGCUGAACGUGUCACUAGUACAGUGGAAGGGAUGUCAUCAGAUACAGUACCGCUGAAUGUGUCAGUAGUACAGUGGAAGGGAUGUCAUCAGAUACAGUACCGCUGAACGUGUACCGCUGAACGUGUCACUAGUACAGUGGAAGGGAUGUCAUCAGAUACAGUACCGCUGAACGUGUCACUAGUACAGUGGAAGGGAUGUCACCAGAUACAGUACCGCUGAAAGUGUACCGCUGAACAUGUCACUAGUACAGUGGAAGGGAUGUCACCAGAUACAGUACCGCUGAACGUGUCAGUAGUAUAGUGGAAGGGAUGUCAUCAGAUACAGUACUGCUGAACGUGUCACUAGUACAGUGGAAGGGAUGUCACCAGAUACAGUACAGCUGAACGUGUCACUAGUACAGUGGAAGGGAUGUCACCAGAUACAGUACUGCUGAACGUGUCACUAGUACAGUGGAAGGGAUGUCACCAGAUACAGUACCGCUGAACGUGUCAGUAGUACAGUGGAAGGGAUGUCAUCAGAUACAGUACUGCUGAACGUGUCACUAGUACAGUGGAAGGGAUGUCACCAGAUACAGUACCGCUGAACGUGUACCGCUGAACGCGUCACUAGUACAGUGGAAGGGAUGUCACCAGAUACAGUACCGCUGAACGUGUCACUAGUACAGUGGAAGGGAUGUCAUCAGAUACAGUACCGCUGAACGUGUCACUAGUACAGUGGAAGAGAUGUCAUCAGAUACAGUACCGCUGAACGUGUCACUAGUACAGUGGAAGGGAUGUCAUCAGAUACAGUACCGCUGAACGUGUCACUAGUACAGUGGAAGGGAUGUCACCAGAUACAGUACCGUUGAACGUGUCACUAGUACAGUGGAAGGGAUGUCAUCAGAUACAGUACCGCUGAACGUGUCACUAGUACAGUGGAAGGGAUGUCAUCAGAUACAGUACCGCUGAACGUGUCACUAGUACAGUGCUGGUGCACUGAGGGAUCUUGCGUUUAUGUUUGCUAGAAGUUCAAUGUUGUAUUUCAUCCAUUAUUGUUUCUUAUAUUUACACAUUUCUCUGCUCUCACUCAGCUUAUUUUGUUUACUCCAAAACAUGCACUGUUACAUUUACAAAAGUGAUUUGUUCAAUGACUGCACUUACUGAGCAACAGGAGGCCGUCGAAUCACUGAUUGUCCAUGACAGUUCCCUGUUCUGGUGUCUUUCUCAAGACAGACAUUCACCUAGCUUUGUUAAAAAGCUUUGGACUGCUUUUUCAUGAACGCUAUUACAAAGAAUAACAGCUGCACAAAGAAACAACACUGCAAAAAAAUAAUCUAAUAAUAGCUUCAUUGAUGAAUAUCCCCAGAAUCUAAAUCUACAGUAAAUCUGCUUGUUUUAUUGUAUUUGAUCUUUGUAUCUUAUAUUGCUAUAUGGCUUUUAGUGCCUUAGAUACAUACAUAGGAUAAAAGUCCUCUCAAGUUCAAGUGUAGUUAACCAAGUGAAAGCUUUGUUCUGUCAUACAAAAAUGUGUUAGUAAGCCUCCCCUGAUGCCAAAGUGAGAUCAACAGUUUUAUUUUGACAUAAGCUCAUUAAACUCAAAAUGGCAAUUAUUUCUUUAACAGCGACUUAAGCAGAUUUGCUUGUGCAAGUUGGACACAUUCAUGAAUUUAAGGGAAACAAUUCAACGUAAAGAAAAUUGCUUUUGAACAAGUUACACAUUAUUACACUACAUUAUACUAACGAUAAAAGCAGUAGAACAGGGAAAACAAAGCGAUCAGAAAAAAAAUGGCACCGCAUUCAAACACAUAUGAUACUCUUUCUUGAGGGUAAGGAUGUUCAGUAGUAAUUCAGUCUGGAGGACAACAAUGUGAAGGAUCGGCCUAUUUAGGAAAAUAUGUGCAACAAACUAGCUAGGUUGAUAAGCACUUUUAUGUUCCCUCAUUUCUGACACUGUUAAAACAAAUUCAGAUAGAAGUAUAGUUAUAAAUCUGUCAUUCGCAUUGAAAGCAAGUCUAAGAAGUGGUACAGUAGAUAUGUUCAAUGUGCGCUAUUUCUAUGCUUCCCAUGCUUUGUUUUUGCGUCUUUGACUUUCAGUUUUGUACACCAGCUUCAAACAGCUGAAAAUACAAUAUUUUGGUUAUGGAAACAAUAUUUCACAGCGGUUUAGAUGGUACAAUGAUUCUCUACACUUUACUUGCUUGUUUUGUCACAUAAACUGAAAUUAGGCAAACUAUUAGAAUUCUAGCAACCAGGAAAUGGCGGAGCGAUUUUUGCAUUCAUUUUUGCAUUAACCACUUGAAUUUUGUUUUCCACACUCUAUCAAUGUCCCCUAUGGGUGGGUUUUGUACAGAACUGCUAUAAAUGUUAGCGUCAUCUUUAUGUAGUCUUAUCUGUUUUAUAUUUAAAUGUUGUUCUUUAUAACCAUUUCUACCUCAUUGCUACAUAUUGUACAUGUAGUACUUAUGUUCUGUCUUUUUGAAUGUCAUGCAUUUGUACAAAAAAUAUAAAAAAUAUAAAAAUAACAAAAAUGAUUAAAAAAAAAUAAAAUUAAAUGAACAGCUUGCCCUUGAAUUCGAACAGUCUACCUCAGAAAGACUGAACAUUAUUAAUAGCAAAACUGAUAAGACACAUUUAUGAGUGUGAAGGUGACGAUAAUGCACACGUACUUGAGAUACUGACUUCUAUGGGCUAUAUAAGUACUCAUAAUGCCACAUUUCUGCAAGAAUAUUGUGGGCUGUAUAGGUCUUCUCCAAGGUCUCUAAUGCAAAAUCUGUUUUUAAACUAUAAUGACUCGCUUUAAUCCUUUGUGAAUUGUGGUAGUGCGCAUGUUAAUGUGUAUGUGUGUGCACUUACAAUUGAACAUGUAAGUGUGAGGGGGUUAACCUUAAGAUAUGUGAAAUUCAAAUGGAUACAUUUCAUACUCAUGUACUGGAAAUAAACAUGCACAUAUGUGUACUCAAUGUACAUUUGCUAUUGAUGUAUACAUAUUAAAAUGCACCACAUACAUGUAUAUACAGUACCAGUCAAAAAUGUGAACACACCUACUCAUUCCAGGGUUUUAAUUUAUUUUUACUAUUUUCUACGUUGUAGAAUAAUAGUGAAGAC